AUGGGCCUCUUCAACCGCAAGAAGGGCGGUGACGAUGGGGCGCCGAAGAAGGAGAAGGGCAGCUGGCGGCGGCCUGCGAAUACGGCGUUCAAGCAGCAGCGUCUGAAGGCCUGGCAGCCGAUCCUGACCCCGCGGACGGUCCUCCCGACGCUCUUCAUCAUUGGCGUCAUCUUUGCGCCUAUCGGUGCGCUGCUCGUCUGGGGCAGCGGUCUCGUGAGCGAGAUCAACAUCGACUACACCGACUGCGAGCUGCUCUCCGCGUCCAACACCACGAGCACCGACACCAGCGGGCUCACAUUCACCGACAUCCCCUCCUCCAAGUUCUCGUACAAGCUGCGCGCGGCGGACGCGAAGGCGCCUUUCACGGCCCCGACAUACGCCUUCAUCAACCGCACCGGGGCGACCGAUGCCGCGUUCGACGCAGAGCAGCAAUGCGUCGUGCAGUUCGACGUGCCCGCGGACAUGGAGCCGCCCGUGCUGCUCUACUACAAGCUCACGAACUUCUACCAGAACCACCGGCGAUACGUGAAGAGUCUGAACCAGAACCAGCUGCGCGGUGACUUUGUGAGCGCGAGCAGCUUGGGGAGCGGGGACUGCAAGCCGCUUGGCAACAUUGAUGGCAAGGCCGUCUACCCCUGUGGACUGAUUGCGAACUCUCUUUUCAAUGACAGCUUCUCGGGGCUGGUAAGCACCACGGACAGCACGCAGACGUACAACCUCUCCGAGACGGGCAUCGCAUGGCCGGGCGAGGCCAAGAAGUACGCGACGUCGCCGGGCUACGAUAUUGCGCAAAUCACACCUCCCCCGAAUUGGGCGAAGCGCUACCCCGACGGAUACACCACGGACAACGUCCCGAACCUGAAGGAGGACGAGCACUUCCAGAACUGGAUGCGCACGGCCGGCCUGCCCACGUUCUCCAAGCUCUUUGGGCGCAACGAUAACACGAAGCUGCUCAAAGGCCGCUACCAGAUCGUCGUCAACCUCAACUUCCCCGUGCGCUCGUUCUCGGGCACGAAGUCGAUCGUCAUCUCGACGGUGUCGUGGAUGGGCGGGAAGAACCCGUUCCUCGGGUGGGCGUACGUCGCCGCCGCCAGUCUCCUCGUCCUGCUCGGUUUCCUCGGCACGAUCCGGCAUCUCAUCAAGCCAAGAAAACUCGGAGACAUGUCGCUUCUGUCGUUCAACCGGUGA